AUGCCUACAGGUAUUUUGCUAGGUGAUAAAUUCCCGGAUUUCCAAGCCGAAACCAAUGAAAAUUUCAUUUCGAGUUUUCAUGAUUGGAUUGGUAAAGACAACUGGGCAAUUCUAUUUUCUCACCCACGAGAUUUCACUCCAGUUUGCACCACCGAACUUGCUAGACUAGUGCAACUAGCACCAGAAUUCAAGAAACGGAAUAUAAAACUGAUUGGUUUAAGUUGUGACUCAGCACAGUCACAUCGUGAAUGGGCUGCUGAUAUCAUUGAACUGUGUAAAAUGAAGUCUGGUGAUUGUGGUACCAGCUGCUUAGGAAACAAACUACCAUUUCCGAUAAUAGCAGAUGAGAAACGUUUUCUAGCAACCAAAUUGGGAAUGAUGGAUCCGGACGAACGUGAUGAAAAGGGCGCUGCGUUGACCGCACGUUGCCUAUUCAUAAUCGGACCUGAUAAAACGUUGAAACUUUCUAUCUUAUAUCCUGCAACAACGGGACGAAAUUUUGAUGAAAUUCUACGCGUUGUUGAUUCGCUUCAACUGACAGCAGUUAAACAAGUCGCAACACCUGUCGACUGGAAGAAUGGUGAUGAUUGUGUUGUGAUACCGACGAUUGAUGAUAAUGAGGCGAAGAAGUUAUUUGGUGAGAAGAUAAACACUGUUGAACUGCCAUCCGGAAAAUCUUAUCUCCGCUUAGUUGAGCAUCCAAAAUAA